GUGAUUGUUUUUUAAAAUAUUAACCCAAAUCUGUAAGGCUAUGACUAUCUCACUAUGGCACCAAUAAUAUAAAAUGUUAUUAUUUUUUUCAACACAAUAUUGUUUUAAUUCAUAACAUUUCAAACAAAUUGAAAUGGAUGAUGCCGAUGCUACAUCAAUACAACUUUCAACUCAAGAACCUGAUAUAAAUUUGGAAGCUUAUCCGGCCCCAGAAGUACCCUUGCCAGCCAUACCUUCACCGCUUAUUAUACCGUCACCACAGUUGUCCGUUGCAAAGUCUCCGCAACCGUCUGCAACGAAAACAAGUUCCCUGCGCAGUGCGACACCCUCGGCGCAGUCUCCUUUGUCUACAAUACCUGACAUUACCGUGCAAGAAGCCACACCUCCCGAUACUUCGGACACGAAUGUUGUACUAGAUCCAGAAAAACUACUACCGCCUAAGGACAUCAUUAAUCAAGAUGAACUGGACUUCCUAGAAAAAAAAAGAAGUGAAGAAAGAGAGAAGAAGGAACCUUCGAAAGAGGACAUAUUCAAAGAGAACCUAAAAUCCAAAAAAGAAGAAAAGCUACAGGAAGAAUACUCCACUGUAUUAGAACAGGUCCCGAAAGACACAAAUAAGAAACCCCUGAAAAAGAACAACAAUAGUAUAAACGAACUGAGCCCAAAAAAACAGCCCACGAGGAAAACCUUUCACCCAGCAAUAAUGUCUAAGGACAAGAGUUCAAGAACACCGAGUAUACGUCAGAGCAAUUCGGAGAGUAAAUCUAUUACCGAAAAGUUUAACAAACUAAAAGAAACUGUCCAUGAUCUUGCAAGUGAUAUAGUGGAUUCCAAACCGAAUAACUUGACUACUAAUAUUGACAAGAUAGCAUAUAUGAGCAAAGCACUCACAAACGAAGCUAACGCUUUGAGACAAUCUAUAAAGUGUUUGACCGAAGAUAUCGAACGCACCAAGCUACAACUGUGCGACAGCUGUAAGGGAGAAGACGUAAAUUUUCCGUAUCACUUAUUUCUCAUUGAAUUGAUAGUAAAUAAAAUUCAUAUGAAAUGUGAAUGUUUCGAGAUAGAUUACAAUAAUUUGGUUAUAUCAGCCAUAUUUUUGGGAAAACCACCCAUUAUAUUAUAUGAUUCAUCAUUUGGCAAAAUUGAAAAUUUUGGUAAAAUUAAUGUUGGCAAAUCGACCAUGUUUGCUAUGACGUACGAUAAAAUAUGCAAUAUUAAAGAAUUUGAUAUAUAUUUGCUCUUGACAAAACAGCCUCCAUGUUCUACAUGUGUAACGAAGAUAGCUGAAACUCAUAUAGAUUUCACAAGCGAAUUUAACCAAUUAAGAGAAGAACUUUGUAAGAAAUGGACCACGGAACAGCCGCAAGACAAUAUAUUGUGCACAACGUCUACGCCACUUUCUAAGAACAUGUACUACUUGUCAUGCUGUGAUGGUGAAAAUAGAGACUCAAUAGGAGUUAUUGAAGUAACAGUAAGGAUGUCAUUCUUGGGCAAAGAGAUAACGACAGCUUUUUGUGCACCACCGAAACCACAAGAGACGUGUUUCCUUCACAAAGAAGACCAGGGCAUGACCAUGUAUUCUUGUCAUAAGGUUGAAAUGAAUGAUCAGGGUAAAAUACUACUCGACGAAGGAGUGAUGACGAAAAAAGCUCCCACAUGUUGCUCCGAUCUGCCCAGACGAUCAGAUUCUCCACAAUCGCAAAUAUCUAGCGCUCUCUCUAAACGGUGUUAUGAACCUCCUGUGACUUGCUACGACUCUGAUCGAGCACCAAAAUAUGAUGAAAUAUAUACCAAAAUGAAUGUCAAUGAAUUGAGGAUCAGAGUUCCGAAGAGCAGUAAGGUAGAAAGAAUUGGAAAAUACGAUAAGAUUCAAGAAUUAUGCUCAUGUGACAGUACAGCAUAUAAUACCGGAGAACAAAUACAAUUCGAAUUGCCAAAAGACGCUGCGUAUCCCGAAAAGACUUAUACGUCAAACUUGAAGUAUACUUUGAAAGGACCUGAGAGACCGCCUGAUAGGAAAGACAAGAAGAUUAUCAAUGUAACACCCAGUAGCUGCCCUGUUCCUGUCAAUAUGGAGAAAGUUUUGCAUCCACAGAAAGAUGUGUUCAUUUUAAAGAUUGGUAAGAAAUUGGAAACAAAAGAGAAAAAAACUGACCUUGAAAUAGAACUGGUAACACCAAAAGGUCCUUAUGAAAACAAACCUAUAGAAAGUAACAAUACUGGGCAACAGUGCAGUACUUCCGACAUUCCGAAAAAAAAUAAAAAUAAAGGCAAAACUAAGAAAGCAAAAGGGAGCAAAGGAAAGAAAGGCAAAAAAGGGAAAAAGAAAUAACACAUACAGCUAACAUUUUAUCUAUCAUUAACUGAUCUUAAGAAUGUUUUUAUAUUAAACUUUUCAAUACUAA